UUAGCUUUUACAAAGGUUCAAGAAGCCUGCAAACUAUGGCUUUUGCUGAUAAUCAACAUAUACAGAGGGUACAAUAGACAGAAAAGACCACGAACUUUUUUUAACUCAGUUUCCUUCCAGAGGCAAAAGAACAGAAAGCCAGCAAAAGAGGAGCCUUUACAAGAAUAGCAGUAACAAGAAGAUGUUGCAAUUUUCAGUGCUCCUAUUCCUUGCUGUCUCAGUGCCUAGCACUGGAAAGAGACAAACAUGUCUGGAAGGGGCUGGUCACAAGCCAACGCCUACCCAAGAGAAUGACUUGCAGGAAUGUACCCUAUAUGCCAAAUCUGCCUGUUGCUUUGCAAACAUUACAGAAGAACUAGCUCAUUCACCAGUCAUUAAAAUAAAUACUACCUUCUGGAACAGAUGUGGAAAUCUUACUAAAAUGUGUGAAACUUACAUGAAGAAAAUAGAGUGCUUUUAUCGGUGCUCACCAUAUGCCGCUCACUGGGCUGAUCACCAAUAUGCAGCUGCUAUUUCUUCUGUUCCCAUAUGCCAAAGGUUCUGUGAUAACUGGUAUGAAUCUUGUAAAAACGAUCUCACUUGUGUCAGCAAUUGGUUGACUGAUUGGGAAAUCGAUGAUAAGAGAGAGAAUCACUGUAAGAAUGAGUGCAUCCCAUACAGUGAGAUGUAUGCCAAUGGAAGAGAAAUGUGUGAGACCAUGUGGGGUGAUUCACUGGAGGUAAGCGACUCCUCUUGUCUCUGCCUGGAGAUGGAUGAAAUGGAUCCCAAGGCAAUCAAGCUAAUUCAGGAUAGAUCCAGCAGCAGCAGCAGCAGCAGCAGCAGCAGCAGCAGCAACAAUGAAGAAGAACAAUUCUGCCGCCUCAGGAUGAAGAAGAUAAGAGAGCUGGAGGAGGAGAAUAAAGAAGGCAUGGAAAAAUAGUGAGCACUCAAGUUUGGUGUUAUGUGAAUUCUGUGAGCCUUCAUCUGACAGAUAUCCUACCUGAAGAUCACCAGGAAUGCAUCAGGCAGUGUCUGUUUCAGCAUAUGUCUACUCUGGCACCAAAGUAAAAUUAGAAGCUAAGCAGAUUGCUGAUUUCCAGUGUUCUACUAACCAUCAAUCAAUGAAUGAAUGAAUGAAUAAAUAAAUAAAUAAAUAAAUAAAUAAGGA